AUGCAAAAUAUUGAAAAAUUUACUUCAGAUGAUUUUUUAUGCCAUUCUCAAAAUGUAGAAAAACAUCUUAAAUUGGUUACAGAAGCAGCCACAACUGUAUCUGGAGAAAUGAGAAGAGACAGAUACAUUAGAGCAAAACUUUUAUCUAGAAAUAAUGAUAUUAAAUAUAACCUUAAAUUAGAAGUAAGAACUCGAAGUAAAAACUUAUAUAAUUAUCAUUUAGAUUCUUCAAAUCUACCUGAUAUUGCUAGCAAAGUUUCAAAUGCCAAGAAAGUAAAUGUUAAACCUAAUAGUGUAGGAAAUAUCAUAAGAAAAUAUAAGAAAAUAGGUACCAUAAAAAAUUUGCCAAGAAAAGGACGCCCAGCUAAGACUACUUUACGCAUUGAUAGAGAAAUUAUUCGGAAAGUUGAACAAGAUCGAGGAUUAUCUGCAUUAAAGCUUGCAAAAGAUUUACAAACAGAUCAUGAUAUAACUGUAAAUCCUCCAACUGUUCGCAAUAGCGACCAAUGGCGAAGAGUUUUAUGGCCUGAUGAAACAAAAAUAUGUUUAUUUGGUUCUGAUGGUCGAAUGAUGGUUUGGGGCUCCUUUGCUUGGAGUGGUGUUGGCGAACUUGAAUUCAUUGAUGGAAUAAUGACAAAAGAGGAUGGAGAUCCUAAACACACAUCAAAUUUAGCUACUCAGUGGUUAGAAAAAAACAUUAUUAAGAUGUUAGAGUGGAUUCCUCAGUCACCAUAUCUAAAUCGUAUCAAAAUAUAUCUUUUUAAAGUUAUAGUAGCUGAUCAAAAACCAUCCAGUUUGUCACAAUUAAAGGCGAUUCUUGUUAAAGAGUGGGAAAAAUUUGACCCACAAUGGCUUAAAAACUUAGUACAUUCAAUGCCCAAAAAAUGUCUUGCAGUCAUCAAGGCAAAAGGCACACAAAUAGACUAUUAA